UCUUAGCUAGAGAGACCAUUAAUGGAGAUGAUGAGCAUCAUUCUUACCUUGAUGGUGGUUUUUUUAGGGUUCUUCUAUCAAUCCAAUCAAGUCAUGGCCUUUACGGCUUCUGCAUGGACCAAAGGUCAUGCCACUUUCUAUGGUGGUAGUGACGCUUCAGGAACAAUGGGCGGUGCUUGUGGUUAUGGUAACUUGUACUCAACUGGUUAUGGGACUAGAACCGCAGCUUUAAGUUCUGCCUUAUUCAAUGAUGGUGCCUCUUGUGGACAAUGCUUCCGGAUUAUUUGCGAUUACAAGACAGACAGUCAAUGGUGCUUAAAGGGACGAUCGGUGACCGUCACUGCUACUAAUUAUUGUCCGCCGAAUUACGAUGAGUCCAGUGACAAUGGUGGCUGGUGUAAUCCUCCUUUGAAGCAUUUCGAUAUGGCUCAAGCUGCUUGGGAGAAGAUUGGGAUCUACAAAGGAGGGAUUAUUCCUGUUAUUUACCAAAGGGUUCCAUGCAAGAAACAUGGUGGAGUAAGGUUUACUAUCAAUGGGAGAAACUACUUUGAAUUGGUGUUGAUACACAAUGUGGGAGGGAGUGGAGAAGUUCAGGCUGCUUGGAUCAAAGGUUCGAAUACCAGAUGGAUGACGCUGUCGCGGAACUGGGGAGCUAAUUGGCAAUCCAAUUCAUAUCUCAAUGGCCAAACUUUAUCCUUCAAGGUCACUACUGAUGAUGGAGUAACACUUCUCUUCACAGAUAUAGCUCCUUCAAAUUGGGAAUUUGGUCAGACUUUCUCUAGCAAAGUACAAUUCUAAGCCCUAAUUAUAUAUAUCCAAGAGAGAGGCUUAUUAGGGUUCAAUGUUGGCUGAGGCGUGCUUGUUUUUUUACCGAAGCAGCCCGCCUAUCCAUCCAUCCAUACAAUUGGUACUAAAUGGGAGAGGUG